AUGAUGGCCGUGGACCAGAUAUCCACCGGUCUGGGGUCUCUCUAUAAUGUUUGGAUGUUUCAAAGCAGAACCGAUACAGUAUUCGCUGGUGAUUUUCUUGGUGUAUUCUCUGCGCGAUUCGUGUUGGUACUUGGCCCGGAACUCUUUCACAGCAAAGACCUUGGAGUCGGAUAUUCUCUUGACGAGUCGGACCUGUCCUCCAGCCCCUGCUCCCAAACUCUCUCCAAACUUGCUGUAUCUCUUGCUGAAUGGGAUCUGAGGAGUAGUAUUGCCUCCAAUAGACAGCGUUCCAGGAACGCUGUUCAAGUAGGAGGUUGCAGGGCUGGACAAGCUUGGAGAUGA